GUUACCGCGGAGCGAAGGUCGCUCUACGGGAUCAACAGCGAAGGUGAUGCUUCCGCAGUUCCCUCUGCUGAAUUCCUGACCUCCCUGGUCCCUGAAUGUGGCUACCUCCCAAGGCUGAGUCCUAGAACCGCUUCUCUGUCUAUACCAGCCGCCUUUCUUCAUCGUCUCAUCACAUGGCUUUCAACACCACCUACGCGUCUCACAAUUUAUCCUCUCCGUCCAGACUUCUGCCUUAAACUGUCAAUCCUGUGUCCAGCUGUCUCCUCGGCGUCUCUGCUGGGGACGUCUAACAGGAAUCUGCACCUUAAUUUGUCCGAAACUGGUCUUGACCUCCCCCAACCCUGUUCCACCUGCCGUCCUCCACAUCUCAGUUAAGGGCGACCCUGUGAAUAUCUCAGCAUGAUUUGAAGUAUGCAUUAUGUUAUUUGUCGACUUGAAAGACUCCUAUUGCCUGAGGAAGAAGCCCGGAAGAGGAGGGAGAGGAAAGAAAGAGGAGUCUGGAAUGGCUCUUUCUCAGGCACCGUUGACCUUCAAGGAUGUGGCCAUAGAAUUCUCUCGGGAGGAGUGGGAAUGCCUGGACCCUGCUCAGAAGGCCUUUUAUGUGGACGUGAUGUUGGAGACCUACAGCAACCUGCUCUCCCUGGAUAUCUCUCAUAUACAUGUGAUCAAGAAAUUACAGCCAAGAGCAAACAGUGAUAGAGGAGAAGUAUUCCAAACAGUGAUGUUGGAAAGACAGGAAAGCCGUGAAAUGAAACAUUUUUACUUCACGGAAAUCCCGGAAGAUGCCUUUGGGUGUCAGUGGAAGGAUGCUGAAAGAAAUUACAAAGGAAUGUCUGUAGCCUGUAAGGAAAAUGUAACUCACCCAAGAGAUCGACAUGGUAGGUGGAAUUCAGGAAAGAAGCCCAUUGAAAAUAGGCUUACAUUAAGCUUUCAGGAUGAACUGCAUGUAUUUAAGAACGAUAUUUACAAAUGUAAUGAGUGUGGCAAAGCCUUUAAUCAUGGCUCCUCCCUCCGCAGACACCAGAUAAUCCAUACGGGAGAGAAGUUAUAUAAAUGUGGGGUAUGUGGCAAUGUUUUUCGUCUAAAGUCACACCUUGUAAGUCACUGGACAACUCACACUCGUGAGAAAACUUACAAAUGUAAUGACUGUGGCAAAAGCUUUAAUCACGGCUCAUCCCUCCGUAGACAUCAGAUAAGCCAUACUGGGGAGAAACUGUAUAAAUGUGAUGUAUGCAGCAAAGUGUGUAGUCAGAAUUCCUCCCUUAAACGUCAUCAGAGGAUUCAUACCGGAGAGAGACCUUACCAGUGUAAUGAGUGUGGCAAAACCUUUAAUCGUGGCUCUCACCUCUCCACACAUGAGAUAAUCCACACAGGAGUGAAAUUAUGUAAAUGUGACGUGUGUGGCAAAGUCUUUAGUCAAAAUUCAUGCCUUAGAAUCCAUCGGAGAAUUCAUAACGGAGAGAAACCUUACAAAUGUGAUGAGUGUGGUAAGGUCUUUCGUCAAAAUUCACAUCUUGGAAGACAUCAGAGAAUUCAUACUGGUGAAAAACCUUACAAAUGUAAAGAGUGUGGCAAGGUCUUUAAUCAAUAUUCGAAUCUUGCAAGUCAUCAGAGGAUUCAUACUGGAGAGAAACCUUACAACUGUAAUGUGUGUGGGAAGGUCUUCAGUCAAAAUUCAAAUCUUGUGAGUCAUCAGAGAAUUCAUACGGGAGAGAAACCCUACAAAUGUAACGAGUGUGGCAAGUUCUUUAAUCAAAAGGCAUACCUUACAAAGCAUCAGAGAGUUCAUAAUGAAGAGAAGUCCUACAAAUGUAAUGUGUGUGGCAGGGUCUUCAAUCGAAAUUCAAAUCUCGAAAGUCAUCAGAGAAUUCAUACUGGGGAGAAACCUUACAAAUGCAAUGACUGUGGCAGGUUCUUUUCUCAAAAGCCAAACCUUGGAAAGCAUCAGAGAACUCAUACUGGAGAGAAGGCUUACAAAUGUAAUGAGUGUGGCAAGGUCUUCAGUCGGAAUUCACUUUUUGCAAUUCAUCAGAGGAUACAUAACGUAGAGAAACCUUUCAACUUUAAUGGAGUUGAAAUGCCUUUACUCAGAUCUCAACCCUCACUAAAUAUCCGAUAAUUUAUACGUGAGAGAAACCAUGUAAAUGUGACAUAGGUGGGAAGGUCCUCAUUCAAAAUGUACACCUUACAAUUCACUGGAGAAUUCACAGUGGGGAGAAGCUGAGCAAACGUCAUGAAUAUGGCAAAUAUUUUGGGCCUGCAAGCCUCACUUUCUAUCAGAUGAUCCAUAGUGGAGAGAAACCUUACAAAUGUAAUGAGUAUCUCAAUGUCUUCAGUCCAAAUUCAUACCUUAAGAUCUGCCAAAUAUUUUAUACUGGAGAAAAUCGUUUCAAAUAUAGUGAGUGUGGCAAAUCCUUCAGUGUUCUGUCAAGCCUCACUUACCAUCAGGUAAUCCAUACUGGUGAGAGACUUGAAUAAUACAGUGAUGUGACAAGGCUUCUAUCAGGCAUCCGCAUCUCAGGCUUCACUGGAAGAUUCAUUCUGAAUAGCAACCAGAUCAAUGCCCUUAUUGUGGCCAGGCCUUAAGAGGAGGAAUUUAUUAAUUAAAGAGCUCAUUCUGGAGAUUACCUCACAAAUGCCACGAAUAUGAAAUAAUAAGCAUAUUUCUCAGGUAAGACAGUUUAUAUUUGUGAGUGACAGACCCCCUGGAGAACAGUGACCAAAAAGAAGUGGGAGUGUCAUCCUUCUCACCUAACAGGACGUCCAGAGGGUGUGGUGGGGGGUGUGAUGGGUCCUCUGCUCCUUCAUUCGUGAACACUUGGCCCUCACCUUCCUAUAGUAACAUGACUUCUGUAUGACUGAGAAUGGUGAAGGUGGAGGGCAAAAACCCUUUUCAUUUUAAGAUUUAUCUUGUUUUCAUGGAAACAUUCAUCCCAGAUAUAUUCUCUUUGGGUCAUGCUCUUGGGGCAUGUCUGAGAACUCUGCAUCAUGUUCUGAAUUUUGAAGAGUUUAUUCUAUACCGUUUUUCCUAAA